CUCUCUCGAUCUCUCUCUCUCUCUCGGUCUCUCUUAAUGCAUGGGAGGAAGUCAGUCGUCCACGUGCUCCUAGGGACUCUCUCUCUCUCUCUCUCUCUCUCAUGUCGCACGCAUCACAUUAUCAAGAAACCCCAUCAGCCGUAACCCCAGAGAAAAAUAGCAGCAGACGAACGAAACAUCUUUAGCCCUCGAAACCAGAGAAGAUCCCCACCAGCAGAAACAACCCACAAUCUCAAAAGUAGAAGAAAAGAAGAGAAAAGAGCCCUAGCUGGCGCAGAAGAAGAAGAAGAAGAAGAAAGCAUAAUAAUGGAGGCUCUCAGAGAAGGAGGCAACGAGAUCAGCGGCGUCGCCGCGGACCAAGACCAAGACGCCGGCGACGGAAUGCAGUGCGCCGACCACCCCUUCCGCGGCAACCUCGGCGGGAUCUGCGCCUUCUGCCUCCAAGAGAAGCUCGGCAAGCUCGUCUCCUCCUCCUCCCCUCUCCCCCUCCCCCGCCCCCCCUCCUCCUCUUCCGCCUCCUCCUCUCCUCCCUUCAGAUCCGGUGCCGCCCCCCGUGGCUACGCCGCCGCGUUCGCCCCCGCCCCCGCCCCCGCCCCCGCCGCCUCCUCCGUCUCCGUCAACCCCGCCGUUUCCCUUCCCUCCAACCGCCAAGACGGCGGCGGGGGCGGCGGCGGCGACGUUUACCACGCCCGUAGGGCGUCGAGGAUCGUGCCCUUCCUCUUGGCCAAGAACAAGAGCAGGAAGAAGAAGAAAGCCGCCGCCGGGGCCACGACGCCGGCGGCGGAGAUGAUAUCGUUUAAGAGGAGCAAGUCCACGGCGACCCCGAGGAGGGGUGGCGGGCGGUUCCUGGACGAGGAGGCGGGUAACGACGACUUUAGCCCUCGGCGGCGAGGUGGGUUCUGGUCUUUCCUCUAUCCCUCCUCUUACUCUGCUGCUUCUGGCUCUGGCUCUGGCUCUGGCAGUGCGGUCGCGAGGAGAGACUCGAAGUCACACUCGCAGUCGCAGUACACGUCCAAUGCAAUGAACGGGCCCAUCGUCGAAGACGGCAACAGCGACAAUGCAGGCUCCAGUUCGGCUUCGGCGGCGACGUCGUUCGAGAGGAAAGUCUCGAGAUCCAGAUCCGUGGGGUGCGGAAGCAGGAGCUUCUCGGGCGACUUCUUCGAGCGGAUCUCGACUGGGUUCGGGGACUGCACCCUCAGGAGGGUCGAGUCCCAGCGAGAGGCCGGCGGCCGCAGCCACCAGAAGCCCAGGAUCUCCGCCGCGCACGGCGGCGAGAGGGUGAGGUGCGGCGGGAUCUUCGGCGGGUUCGCGGCGAUGGCCUCGUCGUCGUCGUCCUCAUCUUCUUCGUCACACUGGGUGUCGACAGGUUGUUCGGCCGAUCAGGAAAUGGCCCACAGCAGCAGCAGCAGGUCGUCGGUGACGGCGGCCGUCGUUCACGGAGGAGGAGCGAGGGGUCAUAGGAGCUGGGGCUGGGCGUUUACGAGCCCCAUGAGAGCUUUCGGGCGGCCUGCGUAUACCAAGGAUGCGAAGAGAGAGAGGAGUGUCGUCGCCAGUAGAAACCGCAAUAACGCCACGACAAGCCCCAAUCUAGCUGCGAUUCCUUCACUUUUGGCCGUGAGAGGCUGAAGACUGCAGGAAGACUCUGUGAAUCUCUCUCUCUCUCUCUCUCUUCCGUCUUCUGUUCAUUUUUCGAGUACUGGUCUCCACUACAGCAGAAGUGUGUAUUUACUCUUAAAUUUUGCUCUUUUGCGCUUUAAGCUUAAGAAAAACUUUCUUGGGGUUUGAUUACUUCUGGUCUCUGAUGUGGAUCGAGUAAUAACUUGUAUGGUUUCUGCUUCAAGAUCAGUGGAAUGAGAACUGGUAUUAUCCGUCA